CCCCCACUCCCCAUCCAGCUCUCCAGUGUUUCAUAUUUCGGUUGUGAUUGGAGAUCAGUUGGAGACUAUUCAUUUCUGUCAGGCUCCAGCAGCUGUCUGUCUGAAGAUCGAGGCGCCUGUGACUGGUCCGCUGCUUGCUAUGAUACACGUUGACGACGCUCCGUCUUUAAUAUCAUUGCGGUCCUCAAGGAACCCCUAAGUCGCGAGACUUGUUUUAAGGGGAUGAACUGCGCGGUUGGCCAUUAGUGGAUCAUCCACACUGUUGCUUUAGUUGGCUUGAAAUCCUCAUUUCUUUUUUUAUUCAAACAAAUUGAAAAAGCAACUGGCAGAAGAAUGCUUUGGUGCUAUUUUAGCAUUGCAUCCGCCAGAGGUCGGUAAUCUUGACGUUCUAGAGCUUUGAAGUAGUGCGGUGAUUGGUGUGACAUAUAUAUUUUGUUGGGCAUAGAUACUUGUUGUAGAAACGGUCGGCACCAUGGGCCUGUGCAUCCGUGACAUUUUGCUCGAGCCAGAAGAGAAAGAGGGAGUUUACAGCGACGCAGAGUGGGCGAUGUCUGAUUCGGAAUCUGACGAAGAGCCGAUAGCGUUGCAAAGAGUAGACACCCCAGGGUUUCUGAAACGGACAUACGGCGUUCUUGCUUACGAUUCAUCGUUGGAGCGCAAGCACAAAUAUGCGAAGCUUGACGAGCAGCUUGAUGACCUACGAGCAGUUCUUCCAAACGCAACAAAGAGUAAAGAACGAACGUCUGUUGUCUUGGACGCGUACCAGUAUAUCGCGACAUUGCAAAGGCAAGUGGAUGACCUGAGUGCCGAACUCUUGGAAGAGGAUGUUUUAUCUCCCGCUCAAACGCAAGAUGAGGAAUGCGAUCAACGUGACACUGUGUCAAGUUACAGCAGUGUACACGUGCAGCCUCUGGUGGAAGUGGUCAGAAGAGAUGGGCUUUUGGAAGUUUGGAUAGUAUGUGCCAAUCGACCAAGUCUUCUGGUGGACGUCAUGGAAGCAGUCGAGUCCAGAGGACUGGCGGUCACGCAUGCCAGGAUUGCUUGUCACAAUGACAUCGUCUUCGAAUACCUGAGACUCGAGCAGAAUGAACAUUCAGCUCCCAACUCGAAAGCGGAAGAGACGAAGGAAGAGGACGUGAAGGAUUUCGAAGCCAGCGUGAAGGCGAUGCUUGUGCAUGCCAUUUGCAAUGAAGCGUCACACGUCAGACUUCAGUGAUAUGCUCAAACAGUCACUGCUGAUGAUCCACAAUACCUCUACAGCUUCUGUGAAAUUGUACCAUGACCUCCACAGUCUCGCAUGAAGAUUAAUUCCGGGUUUAGGUUUCGUACCGGCUCCGAUGCGAAAUUUUCAGCACUCCUUGGUAAUGUUUCCAAGGCAUUAAGCUACUCGGACACACAGAUUGGCGCAUUGAAGGCAAAUAUACAUCCUUCAGUUGUACUUCAGUUGGUACGAAACCCUCAGAAAGCAGCGGCGCGCCUUGUAAUCGACAUAUCGCAAUAGCCACAUAUUUCUUUAACAGAUGAGCUCAUGCUCGAUGAUACUCUGCGCGAAAGCUAGGUCCAAAUUUACGUUGAUAUCACGGUGCGUGUGAACGCAAUCUUGUAACAAUAUUGUUUCAGACUCUGAUUCAUUCGAUGUAAUAUAUCUGCUCUAUGUUGAUUGACGCAAUGCA